AGCUCGGCAGAGUGAGGAGAAAAUUUGUGGACAAAGUGUCCAACGUACUGAUUAUGCAGUUCCUGGACGACCUUUUAGACGAUGGCGUCUUGAAUCAUGGCGAGAAAGAUUCAAUAGUUGAGGAGAACAACACCACAGCAGACAAGGCACGCACUCUUAUCGACACAGUGAAGAAGAAAGGAGACGAAGCCAGCAGGAAGCUGAUUGCUCACAUUCACAGCAGAGAUUCAACACUGUACUCUGAGCUGGGUCUGUCCUGUGUUCAACCUGCUCAGCCCGCUGCAGUGCGACCGAGUGAGCAGGAAUGGUCGAUCACCCUCAACCCUGCCACUGAGUCAUUCUGGAUGGACAAAGUGAAAGAUAACAGUGUCAGUCAUUCAGAAAAAUCACAUCAAAUAUCUCACACGGCCUCAAAGGAAUACUUAACCCACAAAAUUACCAUUUGUAUAUUAAUUAAUCAUGCCCUGUUACCUUGACUUUGUGAAGAAAACUUAGCCUAGCAUGCCUUCAUUGAAAACAGCCAGCAUAUUUAUGAACUGAUUGGGCACCAUGUUUAACAGCAUCAAAACUAUUAAAAAUACAUUUGGUUACAAAUUCUC